GAUGUCUGGUUUGAAGAAACCACGUGAUGCAUUAUACUUCCUCUGACAGUUAGGCCUCAACUCUCUGCGUCGCUUCUUUUGUGAUCUGAGGCAUACGAGAUGAUGGCUGGAACGAGAAUCACAAACCUACAGACUACUGUGAAGGCACCGGUGAUUCAGGCUCCACAGCGCAGCACAGCAGUGCAGGGUUCUGUGCAGAUGCGCAUUAAGAACUCACAGAGCUCUGGAGACCGUCUGAGUCAGUCCAAGUCAAUGGUGCUGCAGGAGUCUGACCUUCCCCAGAAACCUAUCUCUCGCCAUCGCAGGAAUCAGUCUCAGCACAAUGUUGUCAUUGCAGGAGCUGCUACAUUUGAAACUCUGGUGGACAUGAAAGGUGAAACAAUGAAUAUGACUAAAAUUUCAGAGAGUGGUAAGAAGCAAAGGAAGAACUGGUCUUCGGUUUGGACCAUGCUGACCUCAGACCAGCUAAUGUUUUAUAAAGACAAACAGGAAACUGGACUGAAACCAGGAGGUAAGGCAGAUGUGGUUCAGCUAUGUGGAGCAGUUAUUGAAUGGAAUACUGAGAAAUCAAGCAGGAAAAAUGUCUUUCAGAUCACAACAAACACAGGAAGUGAGUACCUUGUCCAGGCUGACAGUUACUCUACUGCCAGCAAAUGGUAUGACGCCAUCAAACAGACUGUCGACUCUUCAACUAAAGAAGGGUUUCCUCUGCGGAGGUCAAACAGCACAGACUAUCUGCCCAGGCACAGCUCCCUACCUGGAUAUGGCUCUGCCUCACCUGGUGCCAAACAACGUAACCCGGUCCACAGACGAUCCAUCAACAUGUUUGGCAGCUCAAAGCUGAAACAUAGUGCCUCAGAUAGCGCAGACAAGAAUGGAGUGAAAAACAGGCUGAAGAAAUUCAUCAUCAGACGUCCAUCCAUGAAGACACUGCAGGAGAAAGGCCUCAUCAAAGAUCGAGUGUUUGGUUGCCAUCUGUCAACUCUCUGCCAGCGUGAAGGAACCACUGUACCAAAGUUUGUUCGGAUCUGUGUGGAUGCUGUCGAGAAACGAGGUCUGGAGGCUGACGGGAUCUAUAGAGUCAGUGGAAAUCUGGCCACUAUCCAGAAACUUCGCUUCCUUGUUGACGAAGAGGAGGACCUGGACCUGGACCACAGUCAGUGGGAGGAUGUCCAUGUCGUCACUGGAGCCCUCAAGAUGUUUUUCCGUGAGCUGCCGGAGCCACUAUUCCCAUUCAGGGUCUUCCAACCUUUUGUGGAGGCCAUCAAGAUCAAAGAACCUAAACAAAAGGUUCAGGCUGUGAAGAAACUGAUACAGCAGCUGCCCAAACCCAACCAUGACACCAUGAAGAUGCUCUUCAGCCACCUGCACAAAGUUCUGGCCUUUUCCAAGAAGAACCUGAUGUCCACUCAGGGCAUCGGCAUUGUAUUUGGUCCAACGCUAAUGUGGCCUGAGCUGGAUGCAGGAAACAUGGCAGUCAACAUGGUGUACCAGAACCAGAUUGUGGAGUUCAUCCUCACUGAAAGCCAAGAAAUUUUCAACUUAGACAGGAAAUAAAAGGUGCUGAGCUGGACCAACCAUCUGACGGACUCAUGUUUACAGAUCUAAGAAGCUGUGUCUUAUUUGGGCUGGAUCUUUCAGAAAAAAAUUUGAUGGAUUUUAUUUUAUUAGAACCAACAGACCUAUAAUUAAAUGUUUUGACUGUUUUAACUCUGCCAUAAUUAUUUUUAGUUUGAAAUGUAAAAAUAUGCAGCACCCCAAUAAAUGUUUAAUGAUUUCUGUGUAUUUAUAAUGUACAGCUAUAUAUUUAAAAUAUAUUGUGAUGUUUUUAUAACAUUCAACUACAAUACACAUCUGUAUAUUUAAAAAUACACCAUUUAUAAAACAUAAUCUUAGAAAUUAUAUUUUAAAUAUAACAUUCACACAGUUGAAGACUUCAUGUGAACCUCCCUAAACAAAAGCCUGCUAAACAGAUGUGAGUCAUAUUAUAGGAAAAAUAUUGAUAAAGAUGAUUUUAAAUAUGUCAAAUGAUGGUGAGUAGAUACAAUGAAUUUAUUGACUGCUGGGUCUAAUCAGUGUUUUUGUUGUUUAAAAAAUUUAAAACAUAAAUGCUGACUAAAAAGAAAAACUCUAAAUUGUAUGACCUAAGGUCAAACCUGGAACAAAGUGUAAAGUUUCCCCUUCUGUCAAAACCAGUGUAUUAAAAAAAAAUCUGCACCAGAAAACAAAUGAUUGACUUAAAACAAUUGUGUGUGUCAAAUGUAAAAAUUAGUGCAUUUUAGAGAAAAUAUUUUUAUGUGGAUAAUUCAGCCCUUAAAAUAUAAAUCCAUCGGUACAACCGGUCAGGGCUGCAGAUCCCUUUGAUGGGUCAAAAGCGUCUGAGAAAGCGCCUGACAAACUAACAGGAAAAACAAUUUAAUUUAAUUUUAUUUAUAUAGUUCCAUAUCACAACAGUCACCUCAAGGUGAUUU